CCAACAUUCUUACUUCUUCUUAUUUUAAGUUUUCUCAUUCGUCACCACAGAAUCGCAGAGUAGAAAAAGAAAAAGAAAAAUUAAUAAUGGUGUCUUUCAAGGGCAAACUGAAUUCAAACCAAUGUCGAGUUAUAGAGGAUCGGAAAGCAAUCACUAGCAAUUUCAAGAUUUAUUCCGACAAGAACGAAAAGAUUAAUGUACUCGAACGUGAAUCUUCCGGUAACAUUGCAACAAAACUACUUCUUCCAACUAGGAAUUCAUUACCGGUUACGAACGGAGCUCUUAUGGAUGAAUCCAGUGAUGUUAAAAAGGGUUUUGCGGAAAAUUCAAAUACCAGUAAGAAGAAAAACGAUAGUACUGUUAAAGUGAAGGUCAGAAGGAAGGUCUUGGCUGAUGUUAGCAAUGUCAGGAGCUAUAUCUUUAGGAACCGAAAAAGCGAUGGCGCUAAACCAUUGGUUUCAGAGGCUCGGGGUACGGCAUGUACAAGUAUGUCAUCAAGAAAGGCUACCAUGGGAACCAGGAGAACUAGCCUUGGUCAAGGUGCUAAUCCUCACACAGCAACUAAAGUUGAUGUGAAAGGUUCUAAGGUUUACGCUGAUAGUCAGAAGACUAAGGGCCUGGAUCAUGAAUCUAUCAGUAACAAUGCCAGGAAAACUGCCAAGCCGGCUCUAAUAUCGACGAGGAAAUCAUUGCCAGUAACAAAGGGAGCUACUAUAGUUGAUCCGAAGGAAAAUGGAAAGAAUACAAAAAGAAGUGCAUCUAAUUCUGUUAAAGUUAUGGUUGGGAGAAAAGUAGUUCCCUGUGUAAGUAAUGAAAGGACCUACUUAAGGAGGAACCGAGCAAGUGAUGGCUUCAUAUCUAUGAAUGGACAAUCUAGAGGAUUACAAGGGAUUCAAGUGGAUCGAGGUACUUUUUAUGCAACCACAUUGUCAAAGAGACCCCUCGGGCCUACUGGAAAAUUCACACAUUCAGUCUCUUCUAUGCGAAUCGGUUCAAAUACUGCCUUGGGUUUGAAGAAACCUAAAGCUGCUGUAGCUGCAGCUACAUCGAAGAGAAAGGGGGAAAUACCUACAGUCUGUGACCCAAAAAAUACUAAGUUUGUGGGUUCACAUGGAAAUAACUUGAUUACGAAUCCUGCAGAUGUCAUCUCUGGAGCAAAAACUAGUCGUCGUAAAUCUUUUACGUCUUCCCUUGUAGCAAGACCCGAGAUAUUAAGAGUAUCCACAGAUGUUAUUAAGCAUGUGGAGUUACCUCCCAUUGAUGAUAACAGAAAUCACCUUGAAGUUGCUGAAUACGUCGAUGAUAUAUAUCAGUAUUAUUGGGUUAUGGAGGCAGAAAGCACAUCUCUAGCAAACUACAUGGAGAUUCAAACAGAUGAUAUAACUCCUAAAAUGCGAGGAAUUCUUAUAAAUUGGCUCAUUGAAGUCCACUACAAAUUUGACUUAAUGCCAGAAACUUUGUUUCUCAUGGUCGUAUUGUUUGACAGAUUUCUUUCUGUUUUUUCAAUAAAAAAGAACGAUAUGCAGUUGGUUGGUCUUACAGCCCUCUUGUUGGCAUCAAAAUAUGAGGAUUUUUGGCAUCCGAAGGUUAAGGAGUUAGUCAGCCUUGCUGUCGAUACCUACACUAAAGAUCAAAUGCUUUCAAUGGAAAAGCUGAUACUUAAGAAGUUGUCGUUUCGUCUAAAUACACCAACUCCUUAUGUUUUCAUGUUAAGGUUUCUCAAGGCUUCUCAAUCGGAUGCUAAGGUCGAAAAACUAGCAUUCUACCUUAUAGAGCUGUGUUUAGUGGAAUAUGAAUCUUUGAAGUUCAAGCCAUCAUUAUUAUGUGCAUCAGCAAUCUAUAUUGCAAGAUGUACGUUACAUGAAACUCCAGAAUGGACUCCUUUACUUUGCAAGCAUUCACACUAUGAAGAACCACAACUCAGGGUUUGUGCAAAUAUGAUCCUGAGAUUUCAAAAGGGUGCUAGUCGAGGGCCAUUGAGAGUUGCUUAUGAUAAAUACAUGCAAGAUGAUCAUUGUUGCGUUGCAGGAAUAAAAGCUCUGGAUAGGCUUCCCAGUUAUAUAGAACCUAACUCGAGGUAAGCUUGUAGUCCAGUCCCACUGUAUAUAUGAGUGAUAAUGUGUUCAGUAAUAGAGAAAGUAAAACAAUUGCACCUUCCGUUUUAAAAUAGUGUGAAAUGCUUCUACAAUACCUAGUAAUUUCCUGGCAGUUGUCACCUUUCGACGAAAUUGCCACAACUUAGAGCAUACAAGAAGUUUAGUAUCCUUAUUUUUUGUGUGUAUUAGACUUUGCCUUGUCGUUAGUUCCUCUUACUAUGAUAGUGCUGUCAUAAUAUGUAUCAUCUUCUGUAGUUACUUGUCAAUCUGAAUCUUUGUCGUCAAAAGCAAAAGCAAACGUCUUCUUGUUGUUGCAAAUAUGAGCAAUUGCAUGCUUCCUCUAUGUUCCCAAAAUUAUACUGACAACAAAUGUUUGCCUGAUUUUUGGUAUGGUGGAGAGAAACUUGAUUAGGAAUUUUCUGAGAAUCAGAUUGUUGAACUAUAUGGUGGUCAUG